AAUAGUUGAAGCAGUGACUUUUCUCGAUAGUUGUCAAUUUUGUUUGACAUACUAGGUGACAGUUUUAAAGUUUUUUCAUAAAUCAAUGUGUAAAUAUCACCAGAGAAGUUUUUGUAUGUUCUGAUUUAACUUGUAUACAUAAUGGAAGAAACCAAUGAAGAAAAGAUCACCGAGCAGAAAAAUGAUGACGAGCCCAGUCUGUCACCCCUUAAAACCGUUGAACCUGUCGACAAUAUUACAGUUUUAUCAAGAGACUCAAUAGACAGCACUGAAGUCGUCGAAAAAGUCAUUGUGCCGGAUAAUAUUAAAACUGUAUUCGACAAGAAAUCUCCCAAAAACGUAGAGGAUGUGCCAAUAAUUAAGGAGGAAGUUCUAAUCAAGGAGGAUAAAAUCAAAAAAGAAGAUUCUCGCAAAGAGCCAGUUGAGAUACAACCAUUGACACCAUCAAAGCAGCCGCAAAAAGUCAUAGCUGAAAAGAAAAGAGUGGGAUCUGCUUCUAGUGCUAUAGUUUCAGGAAAAAUUGAUAAGAAUCACAGCGACAUUUUUUCAUUAAAGGAAGAAAACACCAUAUCCGACCUCAUAUUUUCAGUCAAUGGUUCGCCAUCACGAAAGGUUUAUCGUCAAGUGCAAAACGUACCCAGUGACAGUCCCUAUCCUUUUGGACAAGUGGCAGAGCCCCACCCAAAUCAAGUCUCGCCUAGAGAUAAAAUGAGAGACAAGGAUAGUUACCACGAUGUGAAGAGACCAUCGCAUUGUAUUAGGAAUCCUCUCACAGGCACAGGACUGAGUUCCAACGACGAAUACAAGUUCCACAAAGGAAACAAAAGAACCGACGGAAAUCCUAUUUUAGGAUUAGGUUAUACUUCCGAUAUAGCUCCAUCAACCCAUAGAAUUCCUCCAGGCGGGUACUCGCACAAACUCUGGUGAUUUACCGAUGAAGUAAUUCCAGAAAAAUUUUCAGUGACAAUUGUCUUUUUGUUUGUUUUUGUGUAAUAUAUAGAACAGGAUGUGUAUUAUUUUUACAUGUACAUUUGUUAUUAUAAAUAUCGUAAACUAACAAUAAAAGAAAUAUAUAAAUUUAAUUUUAAUAAAAAUAUUUCAGUACAA